UUCUCCUCCUCUCUGCUCCAGUCUUCAAACUUUCCCUCCUCCUCCUGCUCCUCCUCCUCCUCCUCCCCCCCAGGCUGCGCGGAGCUGCGCCUCUCGGAACUUCUCCUCACUUUGCGUGUCUCUGCGCUGCGUGGAGGUGAAACUUUUCUCCCUUCAGCCGCCGCGCGCCGCGCGCCUCCGAUGGCUUUCCACGUGCUUGGAGGCGCUUCUCCUCACUGAGAGCAAAGUUGAGGAGCUGAGGAGGAAGGAGUCAGAGAGAGGAGCGAUCCGGCGCCGAACCGGCCAUGGAGACCCCGUCACCGAGAGCUACGGAGAAGAAGGACAAAAUGGACGGCAGCAGCUUCAGUGACGUCCCAAAGAAGGCCUCGCCCUCCGAAACCAGAGCCCCCCAGCACCUCUUCCCCACCUUCCACACGCCGAUCCCCAUCGACAUCCGGCACCAUGAAGGACGGUACCACUACGAGCCCCACGCUCUGCACGCCAUGCACAGCCCUGCAGGACUGACGGGCAGCCCCGUCAUCUCAGACAUCUCUCUGAUUCGCCUGUCGCCCGCUGCCAUGACGACCGGCGAGUCUCCGUUCAGCCAGCCCCACCCGUACGUCACGCCCCACAUGGAGCACUACCUGCGCUCCGUCCACGGCAGCCCCACCCUGUCCAUGAUCUCCGCGGCCCGCGGACUCAGCCCAGCAGACCUGGCUCAUGAGCAUCUGAAGGAGAGGGGUCUCUUUGGUCUUCAUCCUCCGCCCCCCCCUCCUCCUCCUCCUCCAGGGGCCGGGGCAGCAGAGUACUACCAUCUGAUGGCGAGCCACCGGAGCCCCUACAGCGAGCUCCUGAUGCAGGGGGCGGGGGCCCCGCCGGGGGCCCACCUCUCCGACUACAUCUCUCCCAUUGACGUGUCCCGCUUCUCCAGCCCCAGACUGACGCCCAGACUCAGCAGGAAGAGGGCGCUGUCCAUCUCGCCGCUGUCUGAUGCCAGCAUCGACCUCCAGACCAUGAUCAGGACUUCACCGAACUCCUUGGUGGCGUACAUCAACAAUUCACGGUCCAGUUCAGCCGCCAGCAGCUCGUAUGGACACCUGUCGGUCGGCGGACUGAGCUUCCAGUUAAAGGGAAGCUUCCAGUCAGUGCACUCCCUGGUGAGGAUGGAGGUUAUACUGGGAGCUAUGAACGCCCGUUCCUCCCGUCUCUUCUUUAAAAAUGGAUUUUCUUGCGUUUUCUCUUCUCAGAACCACGGAGGAGACUCUGCCGUCAGCAGCUCGGUGGAUCCCAUCAGCAAACGCUCCAAAGUGAAGGCGGAGCUGGACGGACUGAAGCCGGGAUCUCCGCAGUCACCGAACCGUUACGGCGCCGUGCACGACCUGAAGGAGGACACGGACCGGGACGAGUGCAAGCAGGAGCCCGAGGCCGUUUAUGAGACCAACUGUCACUGGGAGGGCUGCAGCAAGGAGUACGACAGCCAGGAGCAGCUGGUGCAUUUUGAGGGCUGCUCCAAGGCCUACUCCCGCCUGGAGAACCUGAAGACCCACCUGCGCUCUCACACCGGGGAGAAACCGUACGUCUGCGAGCACGAGGGAUGCAAUAAGGCGUUCUCCAAUGCCUCGGAUCGAGCCAAGCACCAGAACCGGACUCACUCCAACGAGAAACCGUACGUUUGCAAGAUCCCGGGCUGUACCAAACGCUACACGGACCCCAGCUCGCUCAGGAAGCACGUGAAAACAGUUCAUGGCCCAGAGGCCCACAUCACCAAGAAGCAACGCGGCGACCCGCCGCCCAGGCCGCCGGCGCCCAGGGAGAACGGCGAGAACGAGAAAGGCGGUCAGCUCCACAGGGAGGACAAGCUGUCAGAGAACGGCUCCCCCAGAGUCCCGGAGGACUACCUGCACGUUAAAUCCAUCAAGACGGAAAACUCAGUGAUGUAUCAGUCCAGUCCUGGCGGUCAGUCAUCGUGUAGCAGCGAACCAUCACCGCUUGGCACCAACAAUGACAGUGGAGUAGAAACGGCGGCGCACAGCGGGGGAAGCCUGGGGGACCUCAGCACCCUGGACGACCUGCCGUUCGUGGACUCGCUGGGAUUCGAGGACUCCUCCGGUGGGGGUGCAGCGGUGGGCCUCCAUCUAAGAAAGCAGCUGAGCACCAGCCAGUGCCUGGAGAACCUGAAGAAGGAGAAACUGAAGACUGUGAGGGACUCGUGUCGGUGGGCCAGCAACCCAACGCCCGCUGGCCAUCGGGGCGUUACGCUGCCGCCCAUACCGACCAGCGGGUCCCUGGUGGAAAGUUCGACCAUGUGUGAGGAUCCCGCUUCCUUCCCGGGCUCUGGCUUAGGUCUGCUGAGCUCUGACAAGAUAACCCUGUUGGCAAACCUCUCCGAGCGCCGUGACAGCACCUCCAGCACCCUGAGCUCAGUCUACACGCUCAGCCGGCGGUCCUCGGGCAUCUCCCCGGGUUUCUCCAGUAGACGCUCCAGCCAGACGUCUCAGUUUGGCGCCAACCGCCUGACAAACAUCAGCUCGGCCGGCUCCUAUGACCCCAUCUCUGCGGAUAUUUCUCGCCGUUCCAGUCAGACCAGCCAGUUUGGGGGGAAUGGCUGCGGCCCCGGCGGGGGUGGGCUUGGCCUACCCGGUCCCCUCAGCCUGACCCCAGCCCAGCACUACAGACUAAAGGCAAAGUACGCUGCUGCAACUGGAGGCGCUCCUCCUACACCGCUUCCAUACUUGGAUCAAUCAUGUCAGGAUUUCACUGAACACUCGUCCAAAAACAGCAUGAGAUCCGCUCAGUUCAACCAGGAACGAAGCAUUUUCCCCCACGAAGUUCCGUCCCACGUCCCCCGACGAGCCAGUGAACCUGUGAGACCUUUAGAUCCGCUCAGCCAGCCGCAGAUGCAGCGGUACAACAGCAUGGUCACCCUAAACAGAAGGGUGUCCCUGCAGCCCCAUCCUCCACCCGAUCGCAGACGCUCAUCGCAGCAGGGAUGCGUCCAAACAGGCGGCAGUCACUGCUACCCCUACAGCCAACGGCCGCCGAGCAUCUCAGAGAAUAUCACCACAGAAACACGAAGCUGCAGAGGAAACUCAUCCGGGCUGGAAGGUGUCCAAGGAGCUCCAAGCGCACAGCAGCUGUACCGCCAGAGCGGGAUGGACGGUCUGAACCCGAGCCCAGGACGGCACCGACACAUGGGUUCAUCCUCUCCCCACAGCGGCGCUGCUAAUCCACAGUGGAACAGGUUUUCCUCAGGACUCACGGGGGCCGCUCAGCAGUACUGCAGACUAGAAGGACAUGGGAAUCUAGCUGUGGUCCAGCAGAGCCAGAAUGUUGGACCGUACAGUGUGACCUCCAACCAACAGAUGGUCCAAACCUUGUCCAACAGAGGCGUCCAGCUCAGCUCUGAAGCAGGACCGGUCCUCCUCCAGCAAUCUAACCUCAAUGAACCUGCCAGCUGUCGGUUUGGGUUCAGCCCAGGUUCCUACGACAGGAACGGUAACCUCCCGUUCUCGCCCUGCGGCACCAUGGCGCUGCACUGCAAGGAGGAGCCCAACGACGUGGAGCUCUGCCGGUUCCAGCCAGUCCAGAUAAAAAUGGAGAGCAGUGACGCUUCGGCUGUGAUGUUGGACCAGCAGAACUGUAACACCAGGAGCCAGAAUGGCUUCCAACCGGGGAUUCAGAACCACCUCCAGCGAAGACCACCAGCAGAACCAAAGUCUCCAAACCUGUCCCGCCCAACUCUGGUGCCGUCAGAUGAUUCCCAACUAGCCAAAGCUUCAGGACUUCCUUACAAUUCCGAUGACAAUGCUCUGUUCUACAGGGGCCAGAUCCAAGUCCUGGAGCCCAACGGGAACCUGGACUGCCAGGUGUCCCUGUCGGUCGGCUCGCCUUCAGCGGCUCCAGGCUCAGCAGACAACCAGGCAGACAGGACAGUCGCCGUGGAGCACGCUCAGAUAGACUUUGAUAGCAUGCUUGAUGACGGGGAUCACUCCAGCCUGAUGUCAGGAAACCUGAGUCCAGGGUUGCUGCUGGGCUUUUCGCCGGGUUCCUCCCGCCUGACCACGCCCAGGAACUCUGUGACGCUACCCUCGGUUCCGGCAGGAACAGGGAACAUGGCCAUCGGGGACAUGAGCUCACUGCUGACGGCGCUGGCAGAGGAAAACAAGUUCCUCAACCUGAUCGCUUAAGCAACAUCAACCAUCUGGGUGUAACAUUCAUUACUGUUCGUAAAGCCAUACUUCUGUUUGCCUUAGGGUGUGAAAAGCUGCCGCUGAGCCGUCCUGGAUAAGAUCUAACUAAGUGCCUGUUGGUGGAAAUCAGCCGGUGUGUCGGUGUUUGGACUGCGGCUCAGACAGGGACACGUCCAGGAUCUGUAGCGUUUUCAUAGAUAAACGGUGACAGCUUGGCGCCGAAGGCCGGAUCUGUGACUGGAAUUAGAAAGCGGCGCCUCACAGCAGAGGAUCUGAAUAUUAUUAUCUCACCAAACUCGACUCCUUCUCUUGUAUAUUGUCCUGGUUUCUUUGUAAAUAGAAUUUGUACAUUUUUAAUAAACAAGAA